GAUUAAGGCACAAGCAUAUAGCAAGUGCGUGUUUUUCUUUGCACUCUGGUAUCUGUUUUUUACACAAUGGGAGCAUCUGAGAGCUCACAACAUGAUCAGGCUAACGCCCAACCAUCUAAUGAGAAACCCUCCACACUAACCUCGAAAAACUCUGAAGAAGGCCACACUAAUCCGAUCCCGGAUGCAAUUUCUCAGAGAAGGACAGAAUUAGGAUCAGAACUAAAGCCACCUCCUCAUAACUAUGAAGCCAUUGUAAAAGAUGCGGCCAUUGACAAGUCCUCAACUGAAAAGCUUUACCAGCAGCUCUACACUGGAGUGUUACUUAACCAAAAGAAACAGAAGUAUUGGGUGGACAAGAAGUCCCAUGCCAACUGUUUCAUGUUGUAUGCGAGGAGUCUUUCAAUAACUUGGAGCGAAGACAGACGUUUCUGGCACUGGCCUUAUGACAGUGAAAGUGAUGGUGUGUUCGUCGAUGUUGCUGAAUUGCUAAACGUAUGCUGGCUAGAAGUGUAUGGGAAACUCGAGGCAUCAAUGCUUUCACCUGGGGUGCUGUACGAAUUUGCUUUCGUGGUCAUGUUAAAAGAUCCUGCAUAUGGAUGGGAAGUUCCAGUAAACCUGAGGCUUACUCUUCCCGAUGGAACUAAACAAGAACACAAAGAAAAUUUGAUGGAAAAGCCAAGAGGAAGGUGGAUAGAGAUUGUCAUAGGCGAAUUUAUGGCCUUGCAGGAUAAACCUGGAAAGAUUGAGUGUUCUUUAUUUGAAUAUGAAGGUGGAAAGUGGAAGAAAGGCUUGCUUAUUAAAGGGGUGGCAAUCAGGCCAAAAGCAUCUAUCAAGGUCUAGAACGUCUAAUAUUCAUGCUUUUUCGCAUGUAGCUCUUACAUGUACUUGGCUUUUGGCUUGGCCAUGGGAGCCCUUUGUUUUAAGAUGUAAUGAAUAAGGAUCUGUGGGAAGCUGCUAGCUAGACAAUAGUCGAUCAGAUGUAUUCUCAUAGUAUCUAAAGUGUGUAUUUAUAUUAUUAUCGCAACAUAUAACUGGGGCGGUUUCUGAGACCCUUCUUUUUCCUGAA